UUGUUGUUGAGUAUACUUCGUGGCUAGAGCACGCUCGGCAUAUCGGCGCUCCGGCUUGCCCUCGAACUUGCACUACGCGGGUAAAUCAGGUUGUCGCCUGCUUUCUGUUCGUCCCCCAACUGGGUGAACCACCUGCACCACCAUCAUGGCAUCAAGGAGAUCAGCGCGCCUGGCCGCCAUGGCCGCCAUGGCCAGCGACGCAAACAUCGCAACCGUAGCGCCUUCAGCGGCGAGUCGCAAGCGGAAAGCGGCAACACAGGCACCAACGGCCAACGGUGCUCUCGAAGCGCCCUCAACUCCGCGGCGGCGACGCAUUGUUAAGCUGGACGCCGAAGACCCCCCGACUCCCACGCCCGACGCCGUGAGCCUCAUCGCGGAAGAGGCACACACGCAGAAACCCAAGCCGGCAGCCGUCACCCGACUGGCUGACCCUAGCCGCACCAACGCGCUCCUCCGGUCGCCCAAGACGUCGCGGAUCAUCGCCUCGACGCCUCUUGACGCCGUCUCCCCGUCCAAGCUCCGAACUAGCGUCAAACCUACGGCGGGCACGACACCAGCUGCGAUCACGACAACGACUGCUAAUAUCCUCGAAGAAGCUUGCGCGCAUCUUAUCAAAGUCGACCCGCGCAUGAAGCCGCUCAUCGACAAGCAUUACUGCCGCAUGUUCUCGCCCGAGGGCCUGGCCGAGCAGAUCGACCCCUUCGAGGCGCUCUGCAGCAGCAUCAUCUCGCAGCAGGUCAGCGGCGCAGCCGCCAAGUCGAUCAAAGCGCGCUUCAUCGCCCUCUUCAACUCCGGGUCGGGCCCUAACGCCGCCGACGGCCCCGCGGACGACAACGACGGCCCCGGCACGCGCGCCUCCUUCCCGCGCCCCGAGGAGGUAGCCGCCACGCCGCUGGACCGGCUGCGCACGGCGGGCCUGUCGCAGCGCAAGGCCGAGUACAUCCAGGGGCUGGCGGCCAAGUUCGGCACGGGCGAGCUGACGGCGCAGAUGCUGGCGGACGCGCCGGACGACGAGCUGCUGGCGCGGCUGACGGCGGUGCGCGGGCUGGGCCGGUGGAGCGCCGAGAUGUUCGCGUGCUUCGCGCUCAAGCGCAUGGACGUCUUCUCGCUCGGCGACCUGGGCGUGCAGCGCGGCAUGGCCGCCUUCGUCGGCCGCGACGUCGCCAAGCUCAAGGCCAAGGGCGCCGGCGGGAAGUGGAAGUAUAUGAGCGAGCGAGAGAUGGUCGAGAUCAGCGACCGGUUUAGGCCGUUCCGCAGCCUGUUUAUGUGGUAUAUGUGGCGCGUGGAGGAGACUGAUGUCAGCACUAUGGAGUGAGGCGGUUUGCAUCGGGGGGUGUGUAGCUACACGUCUUCACCAGCGCUCCAGCGGUACACAAAUCUGAAGCGAAGCAAUGGCCGGC